AAACUUGCCACACUUCGAUGAAAACGACUGGAUUUGGACUAAGGAAAAAAGGAAUGGUCAGCCAUCCUUAGAGUAAGUGAAGGACAGAACCAUGAGCCAGGGUUUGCCGUAUCAUAUCUACUCCUUUUUGAGACUCUUGCCCUUUUGGGUACUGUGUGCAUCCUCUACCAACAGAUGUGCUGUUAGACAUGAAGUGGCUGACUGCAGUCAUCUGAAGUUGACUCAAAUACCCGACGACCUCCCGGCAAACAUAACAGUGUUGAAUCUCACCCAUAAUCAACUCAGGAGAUUGCCACCUGCUAAUUUUACAAGAUAUAGCCAACUUACUAUCUUGGAUGGAGGAUUUAACACCAUCUCAAAACUGGAGCCAGAAUUGUGCCAAAAACUGCCCUUGUUGGAAAUUUUGAACCUCCAACACAAUGAGCUAUCUCAACUUUCUGAUAAAACCUUUGUCUUCUGCACGAAUUUGACUGAACUCCAUCUAAGAUCCAACUCAAUCCAGAAAAUUCAAAAUAAUCCCUUUAAAAAUCUGAAGAAAUUAAUCAAAUUAGAUCUAUCUCAUAAUGGUUUAUCAUCUACGAAAUUAGGAACUCAGCUCCAACUGGAAAAUCUCCAAGAGCUUCUAUUAUCAAAUAAUAAAAUUCAGGCACUAAGACGUGAAGAACUUGAUUUCCUUGGCAAUUCUUCUUUAAAAAAGUUAGAGUUGUCAUCAAAUCAAAUUAAAGAGUUCUCUCCAGGGUGUUUUCAUGCAAUUGGAAAAUUAUUUGGCCUCACUCUGAACAAUGUCCAACUGGGCCCCAGUCUCACACGGAAGCUUUGCUUGGAAUUAUCAAACACAAGCAUUCAGAAUCUUUCCCUGAGCAACACCCAGCUAAAUAUAACAAGCAAUAUGACUUUCAUUGGACUAAAGCAGACAAAUCUCACCAUGCUGGAUCUUUCCCAUAACAGCUUAAAUGUGAUUGGUAAGGAUUCCUUUGCUUGGCUUCCACAUCUAGAAUAUUUCUUCCUGGAGUAUAAUAAUAUACAGCAUUUGUAUUCUCACUCCUUUUAUGGGCUUUUCAAUGUGAGACACCUGAAUUUGAGACGAUCUUUUACUAAACAAAGCAAUGCCCUUGCUUCGCUUCCCAAGAUUGACGAUUUUUCCUUUCAGUGGCUAAAAUGUUUGGAGUAUCUUAACAUGGAAGAUAACAACUUUCCAGGCAUAAAAAACAAUAUGUUCACAGGACUGGUAAAACUGAAAUACUUAAGUCUAUCCAACUCCUUCUCAAGUUUGCGGACUUUAACAAAUGAAACAUUUCUGUCACUUGCUCAUUCUCCGCUACGAAUACUCAACCUAACCAAAAAUAAAAUCUCAAAAAUAGAAAGUGGUGCUUUUUCUUGGUUGGGUCUCCUAAAGAUACUUGACCUUGGCCUCAACGAAAUUGGGCAAGAAAUCACAGGUCAGGAAUGGAGAGGUCUAGAAAAUAUUGUUGAAAUCUACCUGUCCUACAACAAAUACCUACAACUGACUAGCAACUCUUUUGCCUUGGUUCCAAGCCUUCAACAACUGAUGCUCCGAAGGGUGGCCCUUAAAAAUGUGGAUAGCUCCCCUUCACCUUUUCGCCCUCUUCGUAACUUGACCAUCCUGGAUCUAAGCAACAACAACAUAGCCAACAUAAAUGAUGAACUGUUGGAAGGUCUUGAGAAACUAGAAAUUCUGGAUUUGCAGCAUAACAACUUAGCACGGCUCUGGAAACAUGCAAACCCUGGUGGUCCUGUUCAUUUUCUAAAGGGUCUUUCUCACCUCCACAUUCUUAACUUAGAGUCCAAUGGCUUUGAUGAGAUCCCAGCAGAGGCCUUCAAGAACUUAUUUGAAUUAAAGAGCAUCAUUUUAGGACUGAAUAAUUUAAACAUGCUUCCACCAUCUGUCUUUGAUAAUCAGGUGUCUCUAAAGUCAUUGAGCCUUCAGAAGAAUCUCAUAACAUCAGUUGAGAAGAAUGUUUUUGGGCCAGCUUUCAAGAACCUGAGUAACUUAGAUAUGAGCUUUAAUCCAUUUGAUUGUACAUGUGAAAGCAUUGCCUGGUUUGUUAAUUGGAUUAAUGGUACCCAUACCAACAUCUCUGAGCUAUCAAACCAUUAUCUUUGCAAUACUCCUCCUCAUUAUCAUGGCUUCCCAGUGAUGCUUUUUGAUACAUCAUCCUGCAAAGACAGUGCCCCCUUUGAACUUCUUUUCAUGAUAAAUACCAGUAUCCUAUUGUUCUUUAUCUUUAUCGUACUGCUCAUCCAUUUUGAAGGUUGGAGGAUAUCUUUUUAUUGGAACGUUUCGGUGCAUCGAGUUCUUGGUUUCAAAGAAAUAGACAGACAGCCAGAGCAGUUUGAAUAUGCAGCGUAUAUAAUACAUGCCUAUAAAGAUAGGGAUUGGGUCUGGGAACACUUCUUGCCAAUGGAAGAAGAAGAUCAAACUCUCAGAUUUUGUCUGGAAGAAAGGGAUUUUCAGGCAGGUGUCCUUGAACUUGAAGCAAUUAUUAACAGCAUCCAAAGGAGCAGAAAAAUUAUUUUUGUUGUAACACAUCAUCUAUUAAAAGAUCCAUUAUGUAAAAGAUUCAAGGUACACCAUGCAGUUCAGCAAGCUAUUGAACAAAACCUGGAUUCCAUUAUAUUGAUCUUUCUUGAGAAGAUUCCAGACUAUAAACUGAACCACGCCCUCUGUUUGCGAAGAGGAAUGUUUAAAUCUCACUGCAUCUUGAACUGGCCAGUUCAGAAAGAACGGAUAAAUGCCUUUCAUCAUAAAUUGCAGGUAGCCCUUGGAUCCAGAAAUUCAGUACAUUAAAUUUAUUUAAAGACUAAAUUAACAAAGGAGUAACUUUCUCAAUUUAUAAAGUUCCAUGGUAAAUUUAAGUUUUAUUUGAAAAUAAUGUAAAUCUGUUUAUUCAUAUUUAUAGGUGAGAAUAUUAUAUCACAAUUAUAUCUCUUCUAUGGAAACAUGUCUCCCUACUUUAGGCCUUUCAUUAUCGAUUAACUUAAUUUGACCCCGAAUAAACAUAUAAGAAUAUCCUGUACUAACGAAUAUACAAUUGGUUACUGAGGCUUAUGAAAACUUAAGAAUAUUU